GAUGCUUCCUGGAACCAGCUCCCAGGCCCAAAACCCUGACCCUCUCAGCUCUGGACAGAUAGGUUCCAGCUGCCUCCUGCCAUCCAGGGCGGAAGCCCAUACGAGGGAGAUACACAGUCACAAACAGAGCCCCAGCACGGUCCCAGAGAACACUGUAUCCCACCCAGGCUGGGAGGCAGGCCGCUGUAAGGCCAGGGCAGUGAGGUGUUCAGGCUCUUCUUGCCCAGAUGAAUCCCCUAGCUCAGGCUGCAAGGUUGCUGGGGGAUCCCUUGCCCGCUUGAGCCGCCAGCGGGAAGCCCGGAUGCCUUUCUCCAAGUUCCUGGAUGAGGUCACUGUGCGAGUGCUGGAUCCAGUGACCCUGGAGGGCUUCAGGGGCUCCCAAGGCCACAGCCAGGAGCCCUCUCCAGGUGACCACAGCACCGGCCCAGCCCAGGAAGCCCAGACCAGAGCCACAGCUUCAGAGGAGAAGGACCUGGCUCCGAGUCCCUGGUGUUCCUUGGAAGCCACAGGCAUCAGGGGCCUUGGAAGCAGCGAGCAGGGAGAUCCAGUUUGUUCCCCCAGCCUCAACAGGGCCUCUGCCGCAGACAUGGAGAAACUCAGUGCCCUGCAGGAGCAGAAGGGCGAGCUGCGCAAGCGGCUGUCCUACACCACGCACAAGCUGGAGAAGCUGGAGACAGAGUUUGACUCCACGCGCCACUACCUGGAGAUUGAGCUGAGGCGUGCACAGGAGGAGCUGGACAAGGUCACGGAGAAACUGCGCAAGAUUCAGAGCAACUACAUGGCGCUCCAGCGGAUCAACCAAGAGCUGGAGGACAAGCUGUACCGGAUGGGCCAGCACUAUGAAGAAGAGAAGCGUGCCAUGAGUCAUGAGAUUGUCGCCCUCAACAGCCACCUGCUGGAGGCUAAGGUGACCAUUGACAAGCUGUCAGAGGACAACGAGCUCUAUAGGAAGGAUUGCAAUCUAGCGGCCCAGCUGCUGCAGUGCAGCCAGACCUACGGCAGGGGCCAUAAGGUGUCCGAGCUGCCCUCGGACUUCCAGCAGCGUGUGAGCCUGCAUAUGGAGAAGCGCGGCUGCAGCCUGCCGUCGCCACUGUGCCACUCGGCCUACGCCGACAGCGUGCCCAGCUGCGUCAUCGCCAAGGUGCUGGAGAAGCCCGAGCCUGGCAGCCUGUCGUCGUCCCGCAUGUCGGAUGCCUCGGCCCGCGACCUGGGCUACCGCGAUGGCGGCGUGGAGAAGUCGGGCCCGCGGCCCCAGUACAAGGAAGACCUCUACUGCAGCGACGCGGCUCUCUACUGCCCGGAUGAGCGUGGGCACGACCGCCACCGCCGGCCCAGCGUGGAGACGCCCGUGACCGACGUGGGCUUCCUGCGGGCGCAGAAUUCCACCGACAGCGCGGCGGAGGAGGAGGAAGAGGCCGAGGCGGCGGCCUUCCCUGAGGCCUAUCGCCGCCGCGAGGCCUACCAGGGCUACGCGGCCUCGCUGCCCACGUCCAGCUCCUACUCCAGCUUCAGCGCCACGUCCGAGGAGAAGGAGCACGCGCAGGCCGGCACGCUGACCGCCUCGCAGCAGGCCAUCUACCUGAACAGCCGCGAAGAGUUCUUCAACCGCAAGCCGCCCUCCGCCACCUACGGGAGCAGCCCACGCUUCGCCAGGGCCGCGGCUACCCUGGGCUCGCCGCUCCGGGCCCAGGGAGCCUCGGGCUUCGCUCGGACUGUGUCCCCGUACCCGGCCGAGCCCUACCGCUACUCGGCCUCCCCCGACGCCCAGCAGGCUCUCAUGCCUCCCAAUCUGUGGAGCCUGCGCGCCAAGCCGAGCGGUAACCGGCUCGCCCGGGAGGACAUGCGAGGCCAGUGGCGGCCCCUGAGCGUGGAGGAUGUGGGCGCCUACCCUUACCAGGCCAACGCCGCUGCAGGCCGCGCCGCCUCGCCCUUCCCAGAACGUUACUACGGUGGCGGCGGAGGCGGCGGCGGCGGCGGCGUUGGCGGCGCUGCUGGCGGUGGCAGCCCCGGCGGCAGUGCCGAGGGCCGUGCCAGCCCCCUCUAUGCCGCCUACAAGGCCGAUAGUUUCUCGGAGGGCGAUGACCUGUCUCAGGGUCAUCUGGCCGAGCCCUGCUUCCUCCGAGCAGGUGGCGAGCUGAGCCUCAGCCCCGGCCGUUCGGCUGAUGCUCUCCCUAGCUACGCAGCCAGUGAUGGGAAUGGGGAUAGGCUCCGGGUGCAGCUGUGUGGGGCAGGCAGUAGCCCCGAGCCCGAGCAGGGCUCCCGGGAUUCCCUGGAGGCUAGCUCCAUGGAGGCAUCUCCUGAGAUGCACCCUCCCACUCGCCUCAGCCCCCAGCAGGCCUUCCCAAGGACCGGAGGCUCUGGGCUGAGCCGUAAGGACAGUCUCACUAAAGCUCAGCUCUAUGGUACCCUGCUCAACUAACUGCCAUCAGCAGGCUACAGUCAGGGGCUCCCUACCACUCUGCCCCAUAUAGGGAGUAGCCAACCCCUUCGUCCCAACCCCUGCCGAGGAACCCUAGUUCCAGCUCCUCCUGACCCUCUUACUACCACCCCAGUAGAACCGGAAGAAACCCCCUCUGCCCGUCGUCUUGUCCACCCCAGCUUCUGCUGCAAACCCAGAAUACUUCUGCUCUGCACCCAAUCCCUGAAGUGAGCAUCCCCUGUUUUAUAAGUGAAGCUAUUUUUUUAGGGAAAGGAGUGUGUGUUCGCGCACUUGCUGCCAGAUUCUGGAUGGCAGCCCUGGCGUACCCCACGUGAAGUUACUUCGUUUCCAGUGAGGGUGCGUGGGGCCUGCCCUAGGGAAGGGGAGGCUGGGGCCCUAGAGGGACCAGUCUCCACAAGUGGGGAGAAGCCAGCAACAAGGGAACAAGUGGGAAGUUCUGUACACUGAGGAGGGGAACCAAAGCCACUUAGGGCGCAGAAAAUGUCUUGUGCUCCCGUCUCGCAGUGCAGCCAGCAGUCCGCCGCCCUGAUCUACCCUGAACUCUCCCAUGGCCCGGCGUGUGAGCCCAAGAGGGGCCAGGGACACCCCCCCCCCCAGAACAGCCGGUGCUCGUUCCUCCCCUCCCCCUCCCAACACCACCUGACUCUACCUCAGAUAUGAGGCUCCUCCCACCCCUGUGCACUUGUCGUGUGUGAUGCAUGCCAGUCUGUUAGUACUGUAUUCCGAAUUCCUGAAUAAAGAACAGCUGUGGAAAGAGC